AUGAGAAGUAAUGAUACGAAAACUGAGGGCGCGCAGCCUGGACCACCUGUACAACUGAAUGACGAAAAUCAUGUAGAUGGUAAACGAAUUAUGGCGCGUCAUAUACAGGGCACCGUGAAAUGGUUCAAUGUCAAGAACGGCUACGGGUUUAUAAACCGCUCUGAUACUGGCGAUGAUAUAUUUGUACAUCAAACAGCCGUAACUAAAAACAACCCUAAUAAAUAUCUUCGAUCAUUAGGUGAUGGCGAACAGGUCGAAUUCGACGUAGUGGAAGGUCAGAAAGGUCCAGAGGCUGCAAAUGUAACCGGUCCGAACGGUACAAACGUAGAAGGCUCGAGAUAUGCUGCUACUAGAAUGGAUAAUCGUGGUAGAGGACGUGGCUAUCGUAGACGUACAUAUUAUGGUGGUUUUCGUCCAGGUCGUGGUGGACGACGUGCCGCAUCAGAGGGAGAGGGAGAGGGAGAUGAAGAGGGAGGUGGAAGACGUGGACGUGGUGGGUAUCGUGGUCGAGGUCGUGGACGUGGUCGCGGUCGUGGACGUGGGCGCGGUGGUCAGCGUCGAACUGCUUCGGAAGGUGGCGAAAAUAUCAAUAAUGACGACGGAGGAGGAGAACGCAAAGGUGGCCGUUUUCGAGGGCGCUAUAUGGGUGUCUUUUUGUAUUUUAUUCAUUGGCAUGAAAACAAAUAA